AGCUGCUGCGUUGCAGGAGAACAUCCAAAAGUGUUGCGCUACAGAAGAGUAAAUAAAAAGCAAAGAGUGACUUGAAUGUGUCUUACUGAGGGGAGGAGGAGGAGCCUGCGUGUUUGAGCUCCUGCACAAUCACAGACAACAUCACUUCCCCACUUCUUGUCUGCUGCUCGGCUGCUCCCCUCAUCCCCGGGCCAGGAUGAAUGACAUUCAGGAGGCCACCUCCCCUGCCACCAGCCUCGGUGGUCCGGCGACCUGCGUCUCCAAAGUGGAGCUGCGAGUGUCUUGUAAAGCUCUACUGGACCGAGACACUCUCAAUAAGUCCGACCCUUGUGUGAUCCUCAUGGCCCAGACCAGCGGACAGUGGACGGAGUUGGACAGGACAGAAGUAAUCAAGAGCAACUUGCACCCAGUCUUCGCCAAGGUUUUCUCCUUGGACUACUACUUUGAAGAAGUUCAGAAGCUGCGCUUUGAAGUGUACGACAUCCACGGUACUCAUAGCAUCGGGACGCGUGAUGACGACUUCCUGGGUGGCGUGGAGUGUACGCUUGGCCAGAUUGUCGCCCAAAAGAGGAUGGUGAAGCCUCUACUUCUCAAGUAUGGAAAAUAUGCUGGCAAGUCCACUAUCACGGUGCACGCGGAGGAAAUUUCCGGCAACAAUGGCUAUGUGGAACUGUCCUUCUGUGCCAAGAAACUUGACGAUAAGGACCUUUUCAGCAAGUCCGACCCCUUUCUGGAAAUCUAUCGUAUCAAUGAUGAUGAAACGGAGCAGCUUGUUCACAGAACGGAGGUGAUUAAAAACAACCUGAACCCUGUUUGGGAGCCUUUCAAGGUGUCUCUUAUAUCCCUGUGCAGCUGUGAUGAGGAACGGAAGCUCAAGUGCUUGGUGUGGGAUUACGACUCCAGAGGGAAGCAUGACUUCAUUGGCGAGUUCUACGCUACUUUCAAGGAAAUGCAGAAAAUCUCCAGUGGAAAUAAGGUGACGUGGGACUGUGUUAAUCCCAAAUACAAACAGAAGAAAAGGAAUUAUAAAAACUCAGGCGUUGUCAUCCUAAAUGAUCUCAAGCUCCACAGAGUAUACUCCUUCUUGGAUUACAUUAUGGGAGGAUGCCAGAUUCACUUUACGGUUGCCAUUGACUUCACAGCUUCCAAUGGAGACCCCAGGAACAGCUGCUCUUUGCAUUACAUCAACCCCUACCAGCCCAACGAGUACCUGAAGGCUCUCAUAGCUGUGGGUGAAAUCUGCCAAGACUACGAUAGUGAUAAAAGAUUUUCAGCUUUGGGGUUUGGUGCCAGAAUCCCUCCAAAUUACGAGGUGUCUCAUGACUUUGCUAUCAACUUCAGUCCAGAAGAUGAUGAAUGUGAAGAGAUCCAAGGAGUGGUUGAGGCAUACCAGAACUGCCUUCCUAAAAUCCAGCUGUACGGCCCCACCAACGUUUCCCCCAUCAUUAACAGGAUAGCCAAGCUGUCAGCCGGCGACGGCAACAUUAAAGACGCUUCUCGCUACCACAUCCUCCUCAUCCUUACGGAUGGCGUGGUGACGGAUAUGGCGGACACACGUGAAGCCAUUGUGCGUGCCUCCUAUCAGCCUCUCUCCAUAAUUAUCGUUGGCGUCGGCAAUGCAGACUUCACAGACAUGCAGAUCUUGGAUGGAGAUGACGGUGUUCUACGCUCACCGAAGGGCGAGCCGGUCCUUAGGGACAUUGUGCAAUUUGUGCCCUUCAGGGAUUUCAAGACGGCUUCACCGGCAGCCUUGGCCAAAUGUGUCCUGGCAGAGGUACCCAAGCAGGUGGUGGAGUACUACAGUCAUAAGGCCAUCCCCCCUAUGUGCCCAGUGAGGGACCUGUCCACGCCCAUCCUCAGCCCGGUUGCCACCAGCCCGACAGAAUAACUACAAUAAACCCAUCCUGGGGACCAAGCUGUGACCGCAGCACCUGUCCAGCAAACAGAUCAUUCUUUGAGGAUGAGACAGUCUUAAACAUCUUGUUAGCCAUCUAUUCCACUUCUACAAAAAGCAUUCUCGACAAUUCACCAGGAAGUGAAAGUUAUAUUUCUCUGCUCAGUGUGGAUUCAGCACAUCUCCCUGGCUUUUGCAAACAAACCAUCCCAGCUGUAUCAGCAUCUGAAGGAUUACAUUUAUUUGCCUUGACUUUGUGCAUGCCAGCCAAUCUGUCACCCAUUAAUCACAGACAGAGGAUUGAUGUUCUUCACUGGUUUGGAUAUUGAGCCUCUUACUUUCGUCUUAUUUGUAGUAUCUGUUAAUCAAUGUAUUGCAAAGACACAAGCAAUCGGGUUCCGAUAAACUCAUCACAAUUGUGGGUUUGCCACAUUGAUUUGUUAUCACAUGGUUGUUAUGCAUUUAGGAGCACAGUGCAUUAAUCAAAUUUCUAUGACGAUGACAGGGUUUCAGUUGCUCUGUUUCAUAUUAUUCUCUAUUUACUGAUUCUCCUCUUUAACAGACAUCAAGAGGUAAAUACUAAGAGAUUAAAUUUCUCUCCCUCCAGGAGUUUGCGAUGGCACCAAUUUAAUUAUGUGCAACCUUGCAACUUUGUCCAAUACCCGCAAUUUUCUCACAUAAUUUGUCCAAUGGAAUUAUUCCCGGAGGAGCGCUCCAACGCACAUGUCAACUGUCUAAUCAAAACUUACGUUUGUUUCUUGAGUGCAUGAAGCAGGAACAACAACUUUUAACAAUACUCACACCUCAACACUCUUUAUUGCUUAAAUGACGCAAGUAUAGGUCAGACCUACUUCCUGUUUCACUUCCUGUUCA